AAUUCAGAAUGGGCCAAAGGAGUCCUGAUUGGUGGAUUCAUUGCUGGAACGCAUGCGCAUACUUCCGGCAGCCUUCAGAGCUGUGAGGCUGAGAGUAGUGUGCCUGCAUGCCGGGGAGAGAGAGGCAAGGGCCCCUCCCCUAAAAUGCUCCGCCUCUUAAUUGACACCAACCGCAGUCUCAUUGGUCGAGCCCCCCACAGAGGCGCCACCACCACCGCCACAGAGCGGAUUAAGAGGGAUGAGCGACGGCGGCGCCAGCAGUGUCAGCUGGAGCAGGCGGCGGCCUCUCAGGAAACGGUGUCGCCAGGUAAAGGCCGGCGCUGGCAAGACAAAGAGACCAUUGAGUACGAAGGUCGUACAGCGCCAGGAGAAAAGAAAGACACGAGCAGCCCGCUCCCCGCAGCGUACAGCCCCCGAUAUGUGGAGGCCGCGUGGUAUUCCUGGUGGGUGAAGCAAGGAUUCUUCAAGCCGGAGUACCAGCGUCAUCUCCCCCACGCAAGGCCGGAGGUCUUCUCUCUCUGCAUCCCUCCUCCCAACGUCACUGGCUCCUUGCACCUCGGCCACGCGCUGACGGUAGCCAUUGAGGAUUCUCUUGUGCGUUGGAGGAGGAUGCUGGGUCAGAAGGUCCUGUGGGUGCCAGGAUCGGACCACGCGGGGAUUGCCACUCAGACUGUGGUAGAGAAGAACCUGCAUAAGGAACGAGGCGUCUCUCGGCAUGAUUUGGGUCGGGAGGAAUUUCUCAAGGCCGUGUGGGAAUGGAAGGAGAGUAAAGGGGAUAGAAUUUAUCACCAGCUGAAAUCUCUUGGAGCUUCUCUUGACUGGGACCGAUCCUGCUUUACCAUGGACAAGGUAAUCUGCUGUCAAUCCUGUGCGAGCUCCCAUUCUUCUGAUACAUCCCCUGUGCAGCCUUAUAGUUAA